AAGCGGGCAGAAAGGCAGUCGUCAAAGCGUUUCACCUAAACAGCUGUCAAGCAAGGGCGGUUUUGGCGUCUGCAUGACGAGGGAUUUCUCUUGUGUGUGAUGGAAAGACGGUUGAGCCGAGAGAGGAGGUGAUGUGGUUGACUUGAUGCGGUUCCAGAGUCGAGGAACCUUGACGACCAAGCGCUUGCAUUUGUUGCGCGGCCACCACGGGAUGCCCACCAGGUGCUGGGACGGCACUUCCCGCCCCACUGUUGCCCUGGGCCUUGAUUGCCCACCUCGUUCACUUCGCGUCGCCACCAGGCAGCGAGUCCACGUAUUCGACGACGACAACGGCGAGAUUGGCUUUGAGUUUUACGGUUUUGGCAGGCGUUCUGGGGAAAAGGGAAAACGGUUUACCGACAUCUGA